GCCGAGGUUCCCAGUGUAAAAUAUUAACUUGCAAGACUACGUAUCUAUUUAGAUUCCUGGUGCUCUAACAGAGGACAAGGGACAGUUUUCCCAAGCAGCCUGAAUAGCAGAAGCCAAUAACUAGUCGUCUCCUUACAAAUAUUAACUGCACAGGACGUAUGCCCAUAUUGAAACGACCCAGUGAAUAUUUGGUCGGCAGUCAGGGCAUGUCGAACUACUAAAGCUACACAAGGGUUAAUACCGCAUUUAAUGACACUGAUCGGGUGUGUCGAUCCGCGUCCCAGAGUUCACCUGAGGUCGGUUUGCCGAAGGGGGUCAGGGUGGCUCCUUUAUAAAAACGUAGGGGGGCGCCUAGCGGCCGCCAGGUGCCUGGGAUCUCCGGCUCUCCGGCUUUGGGAUGUUCACAGCUGUACUGCUUUAGCCUGCCAUACGUGUAAAACAUGCUUUUUUGGCAUUCUCAACCAGAACCUUACACCCAGCAUUCACUCCGAGAUGCAUUGGCAUCGUUCCUUAAGCACGAGGAGACUCCGCAUAUCUCCGAAAAGUGCGAAAAAAUGACGGAUUUUCAGUACGUCCUCUGCGCACCUACAUCACCAGCGGUAAAAAUACACGAUGAAACCCUCACCUACCUAAACCAAGGUCAGUCCUACGAAAUCCGUAUGCUUAACAGGAAACUAGUGGAUUAUACAGAUAUAAGCAGCAAAUUUGUAAAGAGCAUUGUGAGGGUGGUGUUCCACGACCGACGCUUGCAGUACACUGAGCACCAGCAGCUGGAGGGCUGGCGCUGGAGCAGACCUGGUGACAGGAUUCUCGAUAUUGAUUUGCCACUUUCCGUGGGGAUCAUGGAGCCACAGACUCACCCCCUGCAGCUGAACAUGCUGGAGUUCCUGUGGGAUCCCGCUAAAGGCGCCUCCGUGUUCAUCCAGGUCAACUGCAUCAGCACAGAGUUCACCCCGCGAAAGCACGGCGGGGAGAAGGGGGUGCCCUUCCGCAUUCAGGUCGACACCUUCAUCCAGAACGGGGGGCGAGAGUAUCAGGAGCACGUCCACUCCUCCAGCUGCCAGGUCAAGGUCUUCAAGCCCAAAGGAGCUGAUCGCAAACUGAAGACUGACAGAGAAAAGAUAGAGAAAAAGUCUCUUCAAGACAGAGAGAAAUACCAGCCCUGCUAUGAAACCACAGUGCUUGCGGAGUGCUCGCAGUGGCCCGACGCCCCUGGCCUGUGCUGUGACACCCCCUCCCCCAUCUACCGUAGCUCUCCGACCCCCUGCGGCCUUCUGGAAGGAAACUGCUCUCCUGACCAGCAGGGGGAGCCGAUGCUGCCCAGUUGCUCCGAUCACCUCCUGCCCACGUGGUCCACGCAGGACACACAGCAAUGGCUUCAUCGCCAUCGAUUCUCGCAGUUCUGCAGGUUGUUCUCCAGCUUCUCAGCUGCUGACCUACUGAAAAUGUCCAAAGAUGACUUCGUCCAGAUCUGCGGUCCGGCGAAUGGGAUCCGGCUGUUUAACUCCAUUAAAGGGCGGUGGGUUGUCCGUGCCUCUUUGGCGAUGUAUGGGAAGCCCCGAAGACACCCGAAGGCUCUUUACGUCCGUGUCGCUGUUUGUUUAUGUAUUCCUCACUCCGUUCCCCUUAGGUGUGUACAGCCCCGCCUCACGGUCUACGUCUGUCACCAGCAGCAGGCCAAGCCAAUGCUCAGCGAGGGCGUGUACCAUGCCGUCUACCUGGACAAACUCACUGCAUCUGAGCUGAAGGAGAAGAUCGCUAACAUCUACAAUGUGUCCUCGCAGCGGAUCAGCCGGGUGUACAGGCAGGGCCCGGCCGGAGUUCAUGUGUUGAUAUCCGACGAGAUGGUGCAGAACUUCAUUGAGGAAACCUGUUUCACUGUCAGCACACUGAAAGUUGGUGAUGAGAACAGUGAUGGCUACCACAUUGUCCUCAAAUAACCUCAAAAUCAAGCGAAAGAAGAUUUUCAGUGGAAUACUUCAACUUAUUUUCAUUACUUAAAUAAUUAUAAUUAUAGUUUACAGGAAAAAGACAAUUCUACCUGAUAUUUUUUUGUGUUUUGGUGCAAAUAUGGAAUACUGAAUAGUGGAAUGUAUAAAUGACUUUGGAGUGUUUUUAAAUAAAAUGCUUGUAUAUAAUUCUAAUGUUAAGCGAGAUCUCUAAAUCACUCAAAUCUAAAAUGGCCCCUGAAGUUUGAUUGUAAAUGUGCACUUGACAAUUUUUUAUUACCAUCAUAUUUAUAAAUAGUAAAGGAAGAGUGAGUGUAUAUGUUACUGUUGUCAUUGUGAUUUGAUUGUUCAGUUUAACCACCUAAUAUUUUAAGAAUAAUUGGUUAGACUGGAUAAAGGAGUUAUUAGACUGGGUUUGGCCCAUUCUGCAAUUCUAAAUCCUUUCUAGAUGCUUACUGGUUUGAGUGAUCAAUAACGUAUAUGUUUUUCUGUAAUACAGUACAGUUCCGUUUUAUGUUUCUUUUACUCUGUUUUCCUGUCGUGAUUCUGCAGGUAACUGGGUAACUGGUUAUAAUAGUUUAAUUGCAGCAACAUAGUUUUGUUUAUAUGCUGCACACUGAUAUUUCAGUUUAUAUUUUGGAUAAAGUUCUAUAUUCUAAACAUUCAUAUGCAUUGGUAUUAUUAACGUAUUGUCAACAAAGCUAGUAAACAAAACAGUAAAGAUUAAGGAGUUCUAAUCAAGAUGGCACUAAUGUUUUUGCAAUAAAUUGUUUUUAUCGUGUUGA